CGGCGUUGUUGUCGUAAACCAUGACAGUUCACGUGACAGAACAAGGAAGUUCUCUUUUUAAGACGGGUGUCACCUGCAAGGUUUUGUUUUGUGCUUAUGAACUGUUGAAAGAUAAUGGCUGUAAACUGGGCCGAAAGGGUCUCUGCUUUCUCUUGUAGACCCUCUCACUUUCUGUCGGGAACAAACGCGGAAGCCUUUCUGGCAGAGCUGCUCCGGGAGCUCCGAGAUGACAGAGCCAGCGACUCCGUAAAGGUCCUAAUGCUGUUUCCGCUAUGCGAACACCCCUCACUGCUCUGUCCGUCAGACUCAAUCGGUGAAGAGACAGCCUUGGAACUUAUGUCAGUGUUUUUGCAGUGCCCUUCCAAGUCUUUACAGUUACGCUGUCACCUCCUCUUGGCCAUUACAUCUGUGAUCGUGUGCACCUCGUGUGUGAGCAGCCAUACCCCUGUUUCUGUGGAUUUUAUUGACCUGCUCCUCCAGUUAUCCCAGAAUAAUAGUGACGUUUUCUGUGAAAGUUCCCCUCAGUCUAUCAGAAGCAUAGCCUGUGACUCUUUGCGAGAGCUGGAAGCCUGCUGUCCAGGUCUUCUCUUUCAGCACAUUGAGCUCUUAGGUGGACUGAGGCAGCAGGAAACUACCCUACUGCACCAGGCCUAUGCAGGACUUUAUGUUCUAGUGCUGAGGAAUGCUGUGUACCAGCUGACUCAGGAAACCGAGGCUGGUGCCGAGCACCUUAAAGCUCUUUUGGGGGCAAAUGCAUCCAUUACCUGGGAAGCAGAUCGGUUUUCAUGUCUGGCAAAUAAAAGGGACCUUAGUGUGCUGUCAUGUCUCAUUCGUGGGCCCAUGGGUUUUGUCCCAACCCUCAAGACUGGACCUGAUUGUAAGGAGUUGCGAUCUGUUUUGUCCUCCCUCUUAGAGGAGUCUUACCUUCUAACCCCACUGUGUCAAGCUGCAAUGCUACAUAGAUUGACAGAAGUGGUUGCCAUGGUGCCUGGUGUCCACCCCGCCAUAUUCAGAGCUCAAAUCCUGCGACUGCUAGGCACAAGCCAGGUUUGCCUCCUCCACACCACUCUGCUGAUGAAGUAUGUGUUCACAGACAGCCUUUUUAGUGCCGAGGAUGAAGCCUUCAUGCUCAAACGACUGGUCGUACUUGCCCAACAUCCGCUGCUGAGUACAUCUGAGAAGCUUUUCUACAUGGAUUGCAUGCUGCACUUCCCCGAGAAUCGACCAAUCAGCUGUAAUGAUGGCGAUGAGGCACUCCCUGUGCUUUUGACUCCUCAGCUAGCCUCGGUUCUUUUGCCCACCGUGUUGAAUGAGAGUUUCACCAUGCUCGCUCGAUUCAACAUGAUGUCUCUGGUGUAUCUGGACGAGGUCGAGGGAGGUGAGGAGGGAGAUGGAAAAGGACUGGCCUACCUCAACGAACACCUUAACUCACUGCUGUCUAUCGUGAGAAGUUGUGCCAGCAGAGAUGUUGUUGUCGCUUUCUUCAGGGCUGCCUUCCUGUACCUUAUGUACUUCUGCCAUAUCAGGGGCUACUCCUGCAGUCUAAUUGAAAAACUCUGUGAGCUCUACCUUCAUCACACCAAGCUGGCACCGCACCUUAUCACCCUGAUUAAUCACAUUCAGAACAUGUUCCCUGAGUCUGACUGGGCUGAGGACCUCCUUAAAGCUCUGCAAAGAGCCAUAACACAAUCACUGCUUGAUAAGCUGACGUUGCAGGAUCUGCAUUUCCAUCUCAAAAUGCUGGCACGAAUAGCACAGGAAGCAAAAAUUCCCCAGGGCAGCACUCUGAAGUUUCUAGCUGACAUCAUCACCUCAACUUUCUCCACACUAUGCACAAGUGACUGGUGUCUUGGUAACAGUAUUUUAGAAGUUUGCCAUCGUUUACUUCUUCACCCGAGUCUUGAAACUAUGCUGGUUCCUUUGGCAGAUGUCCUGCAGCAUCUUGCCUGCUGCUAUGGAGACACUGACAUCCAGGAUCAUGCCUGUCUUUACUAUGCCCUGCUCACCACACUGUCACGAGAGAAGCUGGGUGGUGUUUUCACACGGGGAAAGACAGAGGAAGGGCAGCAGGUAAAAACACGAACACUUUCAACCCUAGUGGCUGAAAGUGAGGGGCUUACAAAGAUGUUGACUGUCCAGCAGUCGCAUGAAGCUGUAUUCAGCCUAAACAAAGUCAGGACUGAAAUACAAGAAACUAAAGCAGACGCUGAAAGUCACGUGCACAGUACUCUGGGCGAAGCCAAUGCAACACUGGAAGUCUACAGAGCUCAGUUCAAGGACCCUGACUUUGCCUCAGAAAUCAUUCUGAAUUACCAAAUGGAUCACAUUAAUGGCCAUAACCCUUACUUUGAACAACUAUUUAGCAUCCACUUGCACUGUAGCCUCACAGAUGACAACUUUGAAAAGAUUGAUGACAUCAUCAUACCAUAUCUCUUCAGAGACAGACCUUCACCGGUGGUGAAGUUGAGAAUGAAGCCAAGGCGACCAUGUCCCACCACCCUCCAAGUCACUGCACUUUUUACUACUCAGGAUGGACUCUCUUGGCACACAGUAUUGCCUGACAUUCAUGUUGACUUCCAGUACAUCUUCAUACCUCUGCCAUCUCCCCAAGGCUGGGGAAGGGACAGCAAAUGCCACCUCUUUGAACAAUUAUGGAAUGAGUUCUGCUUAGAAAGUGGCGACUCAGCUUCCAGCCUGUUUUGCUGUCAAGUGAAAGUUUCCCUUGUCAACAUUGUGAACAAACAUUUAUCUUCCUACCUUAUUUCAGACAUGUCUCAAGAAGAAGAGUAUAAAGUGCUUUUCUUUUUUCCUCCACAGUUUCAUGUAUUGCUAAGAAUAAGGUCAGAUGAAGAGAACAGGGUACACUUUAAAAUUGCCACAGACAACUGGCAACUUCUGCAUAACAUUAGUUCUUUUCUACAGUCAAUCACAUCAGCAAAAGAGGACACAACUGAAUGAUGCAUCUAACCAUUUCUUUUUUAAUUUUGAGGUAGAUUAAUAGGUUGAUUUUAAGUCAUUCAAUUUGUAAAAACUUUAAAAUAUAUUUGAAAUAAAUAAAACUUUAAAUGUUCUUUGCUUGAAA